AUUUAGAAUUGUGGUAAUUGAAAAUGCGAGAACUGGAUAAAGAUGUAACGUUUUGAAAUGGAAUAUCUUUGUUGCGUAAAAUUUCUAGUCUUUGACAAGUAGGAAAAUUUCAGCAGUUUGAAAUAAGGAAGAUAGUGCUCUGUCAGACUGAAGUUGCAGGUGCAGACUGUUGAGGUUUAUUUAUUGCCCUUUAUUUGGCUAAAAAUAUGGGAUCCAGAAUCUUGCACUGUAAAGAGCAGGUAGAGAAAAUGUUAAACGAUGAUAAACAACCGUGGACAUCGUUUUUUAAGUGGGCCGAACAAAAGUCUGGGGUCAAUAGGCUGUAUAUAUUUUUUGGUUGUCUGGUGUUUACUGGCUUUUAUCUAGUAUUUGGAUAUGGUGCUCAGCUGUAUUGUAAUUUGAUCGGAUUUGUGUAUCCUGCAUAUCGUUCAAUAAAAGCACUGGAGACUCCGCAGAAAGAUGACGACACAAAGUGGCUUACAUACUGGGUAGUUUUUGCUCUUUUCUCUGUGACAGAGUUUUUCUCUGGACUUCUAGUGCACUGGUUUCCAUUUUACUGGCUUCUAAAGUGCAUGUUCUUCAUAUGGUGCUUUGUUCCACUGGAGGCAAAUGGCUCUAUGGUUAUUUACCGCAACGUUAUUAGACCCUAUUUCAUAAAACAUCAUGCUCAAGUUGAUAGUGCAAUGAGCAACAUUGCAGAUUCUGCAACCAAACUAAUAGCUGAGAAUAUACUGAAGAAAGAUUGAUGUGCAGUGGGCUGUGCAAGUUACGAGCACAUAUUCUUCACAUCUUUUAUAAUUUUUGGUGGAGUGUUUCGCGUUGGACAAACGUCUCAAUCGUAGCAUCUCUUGUCUUGGCAAGUUGUCCAAAUGUCACUGUGUUUGAUGUUACUCACAAAGGUGUGAUAAAUGUGAAAUCAGUAUGUUAACUGCACGAAUAAAAUUUUUCCUGCCAACAGCUUUGCAAUAAGUGGUGUUUUGAAUGAUGUUUUUGUUGUAAUUGAUGUUUGAAUUGACACACAGUUAUUGUCUUAAAUUUUUAUGUCUUUUGAGGAGCGUAGCUCUGACCUUAAUGUGUUGUGCAUAUUUUGUAAAUUCUUGUUUAUGGGCCCAGCAUCUUCUGCAAGUUUUGGACAAAUAUACAUGCACACACUGUUGCAGUUUAUUAUAAUAAAAUAUUUUUGAUUACCAUA